UGGUGUGUAACCUGUGUUAUAUAUGGUAAAGAAUAAGGAUUCUCUCCGCGGAAGCAGCUGCGCGUCGGAAAGAAGUCGCCGGCAUUCAGAGUGAAAGCAGUAUCGGUGCCCGAUUCCGACGUCGAAAACCCGGCGCCGGAGAUUAAAGAGGCUAUUAAACCCGUUUAUACCCCCACCCCUUCCAAUCGCCCUCUUCGAACUCCUCACAGCGGAUAUCAUUUGAUGGGACUCGUAGAAAUUUUUUCGAGGGAUGGUUCUUUAAGGUUUCAAUUCCAAAAUGUAGACAGAGUUUCUGUUAUAUGUAUUCUGUUGAGAAUCCUGCAUUCACUAAGCCAUUGAGUGGAAUAGAGGAGGUGCAGUACGGGCGUCAUUUUACAGGAGUUGGAGCUGAAAUUCUUGGUGUGGAUGACAAGUAUAUUUGCCAAUAUACUCCAGAGUCUAAGAACUUUUGGGGUGGUAUGUUCUUCUUUUGCUUUUUAACGGACUAGUUCUCUGUGAUGCUGCUAGUGGUCAAGUAGUCAUUUGAAAAUUUUAAUAAGGGAUUCUACAGGAAUUCAAUAGCCGUGUUUUGGAGGGUUUUCAAGUGACACCGCUUUGGCAUCAAGGAUUUAUUCAUGAUGAUGGAAGCUUGACAGGACGGAUUAUGCAAAAACUGCUCGCUGGGAGUAUAGCACUCGCCUCAUUUAUGGAUGGGGCAAUGUGGGCUCAAAGCAAAAGUCCACGGCUGGCUGGCUGGCUGCAUUCCCUGUAUUUGAACCUCAUUGGCAAAUAUGCAUGGCAGCUGGACUUUCAACAGUUCUCUGCAACUGGAAAGCUGUCACCAGUUAAAGCUUAACUCUAAACUCUAAUGGCGUGUAAUUUGAAAGACAAGCAUUCCCUGACCAAUCGGAGGCCCCUUCCGGGAAGACCUAGUCCCGAUCAUAGCAGCAAUCCUAAUGGAAAUGCCGCGGAAAGAAGUGCAGUUCCCAAUUCAGGUUCAGAAUCUGGUGAUUUGGCCCAGAACCCGAACCCUAAACUAAGUGGCUUCUUUACUGACGAGCAAUUGGAAGAAAUGUUGUUGCGUAAAUUGGAGUUUGCGUGUAAAAAGGUGAUCUCUAAACUUGUUUCUCUAGGGCACGAUGAGAAUGUGGCUUUGAAGGCUGUGCUUAGCAAUGGGUAUUGGCAUGGGGAGAAGGAUGCGUUUGGAAAUAUAUUUCAAAAUUCUUUAUCGUAUUUCGAAGAUGGGAAUAGUGUGCGUUCUGAGAAUCCUGAACAUAAUUUCUCUGAUUUAACGCAGUUGAAGAAAUGCACCGUAGCAGGGAUGGUGUGUUUGUUGCAACAGGUUAAGCCUCAUUUGAGCAAAGGAGAUGCAAUGUUGUGUUUACUGUUGAGUGAGCUUCAUGUUGAGCGUGCUAGUGCUAUAGAAAUUCCCAAUGGGAUUGGUGAUAGUAGUAGUAAUGUAGAGGGCGUUGUGAAUGCUAUGUUUAGUUUCCUUGAUGGCUGUAGAUUUGAGAAUGGUAGGCCUAAUGAGGGUCCUAUGCAUAUCAUAAAUUCUUUGGAGAAUGAGAUUGCGUAUCCAAAGAAGUAUAAUCUUAAUCCUGAGGUGAAGUUUUUGUUGAAAAGGAAUGUGGGAGUCUGUUCUGCUGGACUUAGAGAGAAUACAAAACAUUUAGAGAAUCAGUCGCAGGCUUCCUUAGGCUCUUUGAAGAUUGGAGAUUCUUCGGGAUUAACUGAAACAGGGGGUAACGAAUCCCCAAAUAUUGUGAAUGAUGAUGAUGCUAUUAUCUCAGUUGUAAGUAAGUUUCGUGAUUUGCAUAUUCAGAGCUCAGGGACUGCGUGUAUCCAGAUUGAUCAGAAAGACGAGGCAAUGUUAAGUUUGGAACAUCAAAUAAAGGAUCUUGAGAGGCAAGUAAAGGAGCGUAAGCAAUGGGCAUACGAAAAGGCAAAACAAGCUGCGAUGAAGUUGUUCAAUGACAUUUCAGAACUUGAGAUGCUGAGGAAGGAAAGGGAUGAGAUUCAGCUGCUAAAGAAGGGGAUGCAAGCCAUUGAAGAUAACUCCAUGAAGAAGCUUGGGGAAAUGGAGAAUGAACUCCGUGAAGAAAGUGUUCAAGUGGACCGUGCAAACUCUGCUGUGGAAAAGCUUGAGAAUGAGAAUGCAGAGAUUAGAGCAGAGAUGGAGGCUUCUAGGUUAAGUGCAUCAGAAUCUCAGAAAACCUGUAUGGAGGCCACAAAGAGGGAGAAAAAGUGCCUAAAGAAGCUUUCAGCAAUUGAGAAACUGAAAUCCAAACUUCAGUAUGAUAUUGCAGCUGAGAUACAUAAGAUUUCCGAUUUGCAAAAGCAAUUGGCUCAGGCUGAGGCAGGUCAAAAGGAAGCUGAGGUAAAAUGGAGGCAAGAACAGAAGGCUAAGGAGCAAUCCUUAGCACAAGUGGAAGAAGAACGACGCAAACAUGAAGCAGAUGUGGCUAAUAACAAAAGAAUGCUUGGGGCAAUGCGCUCGAAGAUAGAAAUAGAGUUCCAGAGACGCAAGGACGACCUCCAUCGACUUGAGCGAGAACUUUCACAGGUUAAAGCAACUGAGCAAAAUUCUAGGCAACAUCUUCAAUCCCAUGAUUUAUCAAUGCAAAACUUGAAUGGGGUGAAGUCAGAAGGUGAUAUCAUGCGUGAACUAGACGCACUGGAGGAUUCUGCUGAUGGGGAAACCAUUGACCACGAUAGGAGAUGCAUAAUUUGCUUGAAUCAUGAGGUUUCUGUCGUUUUUCUCCCGUGCGCUCAUCAAGUUCUCUGUGCAAAAUGCAACAAUGUCCAUGGGAAGAAGGGGAAAGCUACAUGUCCCUGCUGCCAGGUUCCAAUUCAACAGAGAAUUUGCGUGUUCGGCACAUCCUCAUAGGAUUGGAGCCUGACAGAGUGUUUCUAUAUGGGCCUGAAUGAAUGGUCAUCCUAAAACUAAAUGCUGGAAGUCAUCAGCUCAUUGUAAGUAUAAAGUAAAAUAAAAUAAAGCAGCCAAACGGUCAAGUAUUUGCUGCAGAACAAUACUUAUGCUUACUAAAAGAGCUCAUCCCUAAGAAACUAAUAAUGAUGGUUGGUGCUGGUGUUGUUCUUGAAAAUGUUACUUUUGAUCUUUUAGUUAUAGAAUUAUAGUGGAUUUAGAUUUUAGACCAUCAAUAUUGGCAUUUCUACUUUUGAUUUAAA